AUGGUGAACAACACUCGGUUCAAGUCUGGUGCCACCAAGGUAGCAACGAUGGGUCUGUAUACAAUACUCGACGUUAUUGUCCGAUGCCGGCCCCAUCACGAGAUCCCCGACUCGGAUGCCGAUGGACUAUCGCUGCGGGCAGAUUCAAACUCCCAGGCUACGGUCAUAAUAAUCGUGAACAAGGACAGAUAA